AUGUUGGAUGUCAACCAGGGUUAUUUCUCAGACUUCACUGGCCAGCAGAUGCAAGAUCACCGCGACUCAUAUGGCGGCCCGAAUCGAUACUCGUCUGGCGAUGCCUUUUCCCCCACUGCCGCGAUACCGCCCCCCAUGAUGCAUCCGAGCGAUCUCCCUGGAGGCGCUGCUGAGACCAUGAUGCCUCUAGAGCCCCGCGACCUCCCCUUUGACGUAUACGACCCGCACAACCACAAUGUCAAAAUGUCAAAAUUUGACAACAUCGGAGCCGUCCUUCGCCAUCGCGGUCGCACGCAGCCAAGAUCUACUGCUUUCUGGGUGCUCGACUCGAAAGGCAAGGAGACGGCAUCCAUCACUUGGGAGAAGGUGGCGAGUCGAGCCGAAAAGGUUGCAAAGGUCAUUAGAGACAAGAGCAAUCUAUACCGGGGCGACCGCGUGGCGCUUGUGUAUAGGGACACGGAGAUUAUCGAGUUCGUGGUAGCGCUAAUGGGUUGCUUCAUCGCGGGCGUUGUGGCCGUACCCAUCAAUAGCGUUGACGACUACCAGAAGCUCAUUCUCCUCUUGACCACCACCCAAGCACAUCUCGCCUUGACUACCGAUAACAAUCUUAAAGCCUUCCACCGUGACAUUAGUCAGAAUCGACUCAAGUGGCCGAGUGGAGUCGAAUGGUGGAAAACGAACGAGUUUGGCAGCUAUCACCCCAAGAAGCACGACGAUACUCCAGCGUUGCAAGUGCCCGAGGUUGCAUAUAUCGAGUUUUCGCGAGCACCCACCGGUGACUUGCGUGGUGUCGUUCUCAGCCAUCGCACCAUCAUGCACCAGAUGGCGUGCAUUAGUGCCAUGAUUACCACGAUACCAUCCAACACCCAGAGUCAAGACACUUUCAGCAGUAACCUGCGGGACGCACAGGGCAAGUUUGUUGCACCCGCACAAACCAGAACACCGACCGAGGUGAUUCUUUCCUACCUCGACCCACGUGAGAGCGCCGGUCUUAUCUUGAGUAUUCUCUUCGCUGUAUACGGUGGGCAUACGACUGUGUGGCUUGAGACAGCAACCAUGGAGACCCCCGGUUUAUAUGCACACCUCAUCACCAAGUACAAAUCCAACAUAUUGAUUGCUGACUACCCGGGCCUCAAGCGUGCGGCGUACAACUACCAACAGGAUCCCAUGGCUACCAGGAACUUCAAGAAGAACACGGAACCCAACUUUGCCACGGUCAAGAUAUGCUUGAUAGAUACGCUCACGGUCGACUGCGAAUUUCACGAGAUUCUGGGAGAUCGAUAUUUCCGACCGCUCAGGAACCCCAGAGCGCGAGAGUUGAUUGCGCCAAUGCUAUGUCUUCCCGAACAUGGCGGCAUGAUCAUCUCAGUCCGUGAUUGGUUAGGUGGAGAAGAACGCAUGGGAUGUCCGUUGAGCAUAGCACUGCAGGAAUCUGACGAUGAAGAUGAGGCCGAAGACAAAGGUGCAGCGGCGAUUGGUUACUCUAGUCUUAUCGGUGGCGGUACAACAAGCAAUACCAAGGAGAAGAAAAAGAAGGGUCCGACAGAGUUGACCGAGAUAUUGCUAGACAAGGAAGCGCUCAAGAUGAACGAUGUUGUGGUGCUUGCAAUAGGAGAAGAGGCUAGUAAACGUGCGAAUGAGCCCGGCACAAUGCGAGUUGGCGCUUUUGGAUACCCAAUACCAGAUGCGACGCUAGCCGUCGUAGAUCCAGAGACGAAUCUCCUGUGUUCACCCUACUCGAUUGGAGAGAUUUGGGUAGACUCACCUUCAUUGUCUGGUGGUUUCUGGCAAUUGCAGAAGCACACUGAAACCAUAUUCCACGCCCGCCCAUACCGCUUUGUGGAGGGCAGUCCUACCCCGCAGUUGCUUGAGCUUGAGUUUCUCCGAACUGGCUUACUCGGAUUCGUCGUAGAGGGCAAGGUGUUUAUCCUUGGUCUCUACGAAGACCGCAUCAGGCAGCGCGUUGAAUGGGUCGAGCAUGGUCAACUGGAAGCUGAACACAGAUACUUUUUCGUGCAGCACCUCGUCACCAGUAUCAUGAAGGCCGUUCCCAAGAUCUACGACUGCUCGUCCUUCGACUCGUACGUCAAUGGCGAAUACCUGCCCAUCAUUCUCAUCGAGACACAGGCUGCAUCAACAGCCCCUACCAAUCCUGGUGGACCGCCACAACAACUCGAUAUUCCCUUCUUAGAUUCACUGUCUGAGCGAUGCAUGGAAGUGCUGUAUCAAGAACACCAUCUACGAGUAUACUGCGUCAUGAUCACAGCACCGAACACAUUACCACGAGUUGUUAAGAACGGUCGACGAGAAAUUGGUAACAUGCUUUGUCGGAGAGAAUUUGAUAACGGCUCAUUACCUUGUGUCCACGUCAAGUUUGGUGUUGAGAGAUCAGUUCUCAACAUCGCGUUGGGUGAUGACCCUUCCGGAGGCAUGUGGUCAUUUGAAGCGUCGAUGGCGCGUCAGCAGUUCUUGAUGCUCCAAGACAAGCAGUAUUCUGGAGUAGAUCACCGCGAAGUCGUCAUCGAUGACAGAACAUCGACACCUCUCAACCAAUUCUCAAACAUUCACGACCUCAUGCAAUGGCGUGUAUCACGGCAGGCUGAAGAGCUCGCAUAUUGCACAGUCGAUGGUCGAGGCAAAGAAGGCAAGGGCGUCAACUGGAAGAAGUUCGACCAGAAAGUCGCGGGUGUCGCAAUGUACCUGAAGAACAAGGUCAAAGUGCAAACCGGUGAUCAUCUGCUUCUGAUGUACACGCACUCGGAAGACUUUGUGUAUGCGGUACAUGCAUGCUUUGUGCUUGGCGCUGUAUGCAUACCAAUGGCGCCAAUUGACCAGAACCGAUUGAAUGAGGACGCACCUGCAUUGCUGCACAUCAUUGCAGACUUCAAGGUCAAGGCCAUCCUCGUCAACGCCGAUGUGGAUCAUCUCAUGAAGGUCAAGCAAGUAUCGCAGCAUAUCAAACAAUCAGCAGCCAUCCUAAAGAUUAACGUGCCGCACACCUACAACACAACCAAGCCACCUAAGCAGUCGAGUGGUUGUCGGGAUCUCAAGCUCACAAUACGACCUGCAUGGGUACAGCCCGGUUUCCCAGUUCUUGUAUGGACAUACUGGACUCCAGAUCAACGCCGCAUAGCAGUACAACUAGGCCAUACCCAGAUCAUGGCACUAGGCAAGGUCCAGAAGGAGACUUGUCAAAUGACAAGUACAAGGCCAGUCCUCGGAUGUGUACGAAGUACGAUCGGACUUGGCUUCAUUCACACCUGCAUCAUGGGCAUCUUCCUUGCCGCACCCACUUACCUCGUAUCGCCUGUCGACUUUGCACAAAAUCCAAACAUACUCUUCCAAACGUUGUCAAGAUACAAGAUCAAGGAUGCGUACGCGACCAGUCAAAUGCUUGACCACGCUAUUGCGCGUGGGGCUGGAAAGAACAUGGCUCUACACGAACUCAAGAAUCUCAUGAUUGCAACUGAUGGUCGGCCGCGCGUUGAUGUUUACUCAAGAGUACGGGUACACUUUUCACCAGCAAGCUUGGACCGGACGGCGAUUAACACAGUCUACUCUCAUGUGCUCAACCCAAUGGUAGCAUCGCGAUCAUACAUGUGUAUCGAGCCAAUAGAACUACAUCUCGAUGUCAACGCUCUUCGAAGAGGUCUGAUCAUGCCCGUCGACCCAGAUACCGAGCCGGGUGCCCUGAUGGUUCAGGAUUCUGGCAUGGUGCCAGUUUCCACACAAAUAGCAAUUGUGAACCCAGAGACGAACCAGCUUUGCUUGGUGGGCGAGUAUGGUGAGAUCUGGGUGCAAUCCGAAGCGAACGCGUACAGCUUCUACAUGUCGAAGGAACGGUUGGAUGCCCAACGCUUCAACGGUAGGACUAUUGAUGGAGAUCCAAACGUGCGCUAUGUCCGUACUGGAGAUUUGGGUUUCUUACACAACGUCACUCGGCCUAUUGGACCUAAUGGCGCUCCCGUUGAUAUGCAGGUACUCUUUGUUCUCGGAAGUAUCGGUGAUACUUUUGAAGUCAACGGACUGAACCACUUUUCCAUGGAUAUUGAGCAGUCUGUCGAACGCUGUCACCGGAAUAUUGUGCCUGGUGGCUGUGCCGUAUUUCAAGCAGGUGGUCUUGUAGUCAUUGUGGUGGAGAUUUUCCGACGCAACUUCCUCGCAAGCAUGGUCCCCGUAAUUGUCAACGCCAUCCUAAACGAACACCAACUUGUCAUCGACAUAGUUUCGUUUGUACAAAAGGGUGAUUUCCACCGGUCACGAUUGGGCGAAAAGCAACGACACAAGAUCUUAGCCGGGUGGGUAACGAGAAAAAUGCGUUCAAUCGCACAAUACAGCAUCCGCGAUCCAAACGGUUCAGAUGCACACAUGAUCAGCGAAGAGCCAGGCGCCGGACGGGCAAGUAUGGGAAGCAUGAUGGGCAUGGGCAGAAUGGGGCCAUCAAGUCUAAAAGCAAACUCAACACGAGCACCAAGCUUACUAGGCAUGACGACCACAAUGAAUAGCCUGUCGCUAUCACAACACCAGCAGCAACAGCAAAACAUGACACCACCACCAGGUCAGCAACCACUAUACCACGGUCAAAGCAUCCCCGAAAACGCACCACCAGGCCAAAACCACGGGAUAGAACUCCACGACCCAAGCGACCGCACCCCAACAGACAACCGCCACUCCUUCCUCCCCGACUUGCGUAUCCACCAAGCCGGUCCAACAGACUACUUGCCGCUCGAGCACGCCGGCGCCUUUCCCGAUGAAUCUGGCGCUCACCAGCCGGGUAACUACCAAAACACCUACCACCCCCAGCAACAACAGCAGCACUCCAACAGCAUGAGCGGCGGCGGUGCACCCGUCCCAGACGUCCUCCGCCCCGGCCCCACAGACGAACAUAACAACAGUGGUACAUGGCAUACCCGCGACUUCUACACCGACAACAACCACAACAACAACAACAACAACACGUCCUACCACUCAUACGAUAACCCAGACCAGCAACAGCAACAAACCUGGACAAUGGAUAGCCAAAGCUACAACAAUGGCGCUGGCGGCGACCAACAAGGUCUCGACCGCUACGUAACCAACGGCUCGUCGUUUGAUAGCAGGGACGAAGGCGGGUAUGGCGGUGGCGGCGGUGGCGGUGGUCUCCGCGUUGCGAACCGUGAUUCUACGGAGAGUGAGAGCGCGGAUGAGGGGUGGAGGCGUGAUGUACUUGCGCAAAUGAAUUUCGCUGGUGGGCCGCAGGGGCAGGGUGGGGGUAGUGGUGGGGCUGGGGCUGGGGGGAGUCGUGGGGGGUAG